GUCGAGCCGCCAUGUUGUCGGAGUGAAAGCUUUGGGUAUCAGAGAGAAACUGGGGCUGAAAUCCGCGUCCAUCCUCCCUCUCCGCCGGCUGUGGUGGAAUGAGCAGUGUGUGUGUGUUGAAGAGGAAAGCAGUGCUCUGGCAGGAUUCAUUCAGCCCCCACCAUAGAAGUACAUCUCCCAGCAUGCCCGUGGUGCUGAGCAGCGGAGGACAUGCCCCUCCAGCAGGGCAGAUACCUCAGGCCACCCCCCCCAGCCAGCAGGGUGUGGCGGGUGCUGGACGUUCCCAGGAUGAUGCCAUGGUAGACUACUUCUUCCAGCGGCAGCACGGGGAACAACCUGGCAAACAUCGCUGGCCCACUGGAGACAACAUCCAUGACAGCCAGGUGCGAUCCAUGGACGAGCUGCACCAUGACUUUCAGGCUCUGGCUCUGGAGGGCCGCGCCAUGGGAGAGCAGCUGCUAACUGGUAAGAAGUUCUGGGAGACGGAUGACUCUGGGAAGGACGGACCAAAAGGGAUCUUUCUGGACCAGUGGAGGGACAGUGCAUGGGGUGCCUCAGAUCACUCCGUCUCUCAGCCAAUCAUGGUGUCCCGUCGGCAAGGGCAAGGUUUCCAUGGCGGUAGUGAGGUCGGGGUGGGCUCAGUGAUGUCACCGCGCUCUGAGAGUGGAGGGCUCGGAGUUAGCAUGGUGGAGUAUGUCCUCUCCUCCUCGCCCGCUGACAAACUGGAUUCCUGCCUUCGAAAAGGACCUUAUGGACAGAGGGAUGGAGAGGUGGAGGAGGAAAAGAGGGAGAAGCCAAAGGCAACAUUUGAAGGAGAGAAACUGAAAGAGUUGACAGAAGUUGAAGCUGAUGUAAUCAACGAUGUCAUCAACCCCAAUGGGCUGCCCGUGCAGAACGGCCUUGACGUCGACGUCAAAGAGUUUGGUCGUCCCCAAGGCCACAUGCCGAUCCCUGGUCCUGAGGGUGACCUGCUUGGAGGUCCCGGGGGUGUAGGGGCUGAUGGCGUGACAUCCAUGGGCCCCAAACCUCCUGAAGACUUCUCUGGCGUGGAACAAGGUGGUGUCUCUAUUGACCCCAUGGAGUCUGUGAUGGAGCCGCUUCAGUUUGACUACAACUCCCAGAUGCCCAUGGACUCUGCGCCCACCGUGGGAUUAUUUGAUUACGCCAACCAGCAGCAGCUGUUUCAGAGAAACAACGCCCUAGCAGUGCAGCAUUUAACAGCAGCCCAGCAACAGCAGUACGCCUUGGCAGCAGCACAGCAGUCUCACAUUGGUCUGGCUCCAGCAUUUGUGCCCAAUCCUUACAUCAUUAGUGCUGCUCCACCAGGGACCGACCCCUACGCAGCCGGACUAGCAGCAGCCGCUACUCUUGGUCCGGCAGUGAUGCCUCCCCAUUACUACGGUGUGACCCCCUGGGGGGUCUACCCUGCCAACCUCUUCCAGCAGCAGGCUGCUGCAGCCAACAACUCAGCCAAUCAGCAGGUGGCCAACCAGGGCCAGCAGAACCAACAGCAGGUGAUGCGAGCUGGGGGAAACCAACGACCUUUGACCCCCAGCCAAGGUCAGCAGAGUCAGCAGAAUGACCAGAUGGUUGCAGCAGCAGCAGUCAACUCAGCCCUGGCCUUUGGGCAGGGGUUAGCAGCAGGAGUCCCGGGCUACCCAGUCCUGGCUCCUGCAGCCUACUAUGAUCAGACAGGGGCCCUAGUGGUCAACACUGGAGCUCGGAGUGGCCCUGUCCGCCUCAUGGCCCCAGGCUCCGUCAUCAUAUCUCCUUCCGCAGCACAAGCAGUUGCAGCAGCAGCAGCCUCCGCAAGUGGUGCCAACGGUGGUCUGGGCGGUGGGGCCAACGGUCCGUUUCGUGGCAUGACGUCCCAGCAGCCUCAGCAGCAGGGUGGCCCCGGUGGGGCUCUGGGAGGAAGCUCCUUUUAUGGAUCUUCCUCCCUCAGCUCCUCCUCCCAGAGUUCCUCUCUUUUCUCACAAGGCUCUGGUCAGCCAGGACCAGGGUCUGCCUCUUUGGGCUUCAGCCAGCAGGCCUCCUCCUCCCUCGGUGCCACAUUGGGGGCCACGCUUGGAGGCUUCGGCACUGCAGGUAGGACUACACCUUUCCCACGGAGUCUACUGCUGGAGUCUUAUCAAAGCGUGGCCAACUCAAGUGGUGGCAGCGGUUCCAGGCGGGACUCCCUGACAGGCAACAGUGAGCUGUACAAGCGCACAGCCUCCAGCCUCACCCCGAUUGGACAUGGAGGCUUCUAUAACGGCACCUUGGGUUUUAGUCCUUCCCCUGGCCCCGUGGGCAUGCCCCUACCCAACCAGGGCCCCUCCCAUUCCCUCACACCCCCGCCCUCCCUAUCCAAUCACAGCUCCUCCUCCAACCUCAAUCUUGGAGGCCUGACCAAUGGCAGUGGGCGUUUCAUCUCUGCAGCUCCAGGAGCAGAGGCAAAGUAUCGCAGUGCCGCCAGCUCAGGCUCCUCCCUCUUUUCACCGAGCAGUCAGCUGUUCCCUUCGUCACGACUACGCUACGGCAUGUCUGACGUGAUGCCGUCAGGCCGGAGCCGCCUACUAGAGGACUUCAGGAACAACCGCUACCCCAACCUGCAGCUCAGAGACAUUGCAGGUCACAUCAUGGAGUUCAGCCAGGAUCAGCACGGCAGCAGGUUUAUCCAGUUGAAAUUGGAGCGAGCCAGUUCAGCGGAGCGCCAGCUCGUCUUCAGUGAGAUACUGCAGGCAGCCUACCAGCUAAUGGUGGAUGUCUUUGGAAAUUACGUCAUCCAGAAGUUCUUUGAGUUUGGCAGCCUGGACCAGAAGCUGGCUCUGGCAGAGAGGAUUCGAGGUCAUGUGCUGUCUUUGGCCCUGCAGAUGUACGGCUGCAGGGUCAUUCAGAAAGCGCUGGAGUUCAUCCCCUCUGAUCAGCAGGUCAUUAGUGAGAUGGUGCGGGAGCUGGACGGCCAUGUUUUGAAGUGUGUGAAGGACCAGAACGGUAACCACGUGGUGCAGAAAUGCAUCGAGUGUGUUCAGCCUCAUGCGCUGCACUUCAUCAUCGACGCCUUUAAGGGACAGGUCUUUGCCCUCUCUACUCACCCUUAUGGCUGCCGAGUCAUUCAGCGUAUUCUCGAACACUGCCUUCCUGAUCAGACGCUGCCUAUACUGGAGGAGCUCCAUCAACACACGGAGCAGCUGGUGCAGGACCAGUACGGCAACUAUGUGAUCCAGCACGUUUUGGAGCAUGGCCGAGCUGAAGAUAAGAGCAAGAUAGUGGCUGAAAUCAGGGGCAAUGUACUGGGACUCAGCCAACACAAGUUUGCCAGUAAUGUGGUGGAGAAGUGUGUGACCCAUGCGUCACGGGCAGAACGGGCCGUGCUGAUAGAUGAGGUGUGCAGCCUGACUGAGGGCCCCCACAGUGCCUUAUACACCAUGAUGAAGGACCAGUACGCCAACUACGUGGUGCAGAAGAUGAUCGACGUGGCCGAGCCCACCCAGCGCAAGAUCGUAAUGCACAAGAUCCGACCUCACAUUUCCACCCUGAGGAAGUACACGUAUGGAAAACACAUCCUGGCCAAGCUGGAGAAAUACUACAUGAAGAAUGGUGUUGACCUGGGUCCUCUCUGUGGCCCUCCCAAUGGCAUCAUGUAAACCGAUUAUUCCCCCCCUCCGUUCCUGAAAUCCUUGUCUGCCCUCUGACCUGCCCCUCCCCAACUCUUCACCUUAUCCUCUUUGAGCUGUCAUGACUACCAGCCCCACCCGACUGUCCCUGUCUGACCUUCAGAGGGCAUCACGCCCUCUUUCCCCUUCAAAUCCUGCUCACCGAGGACAUGGAGUACCCCCGCUCACCAUUGUUUCCAUGACAACCCUUUGGGAGGAGCCUGUUGCUACAGGCAGCCUUAGUUUUUGUCAGAUAGUGUUGCCCCUCCCCCAUCUGUGCCCAGGCCCACUGAUUUGGGAGUGAGGGGAGGAGGGCAGGGAGUGGAGAGGUGAAACCUGUUCUGCUCAUCCUCCACUGCCUCCUUUUGUUUUUCUUUCUUUAAUUUCCUCUUUUCUGGUAAACUCAAAUAAUUUCACCUUUUUGCUACUGCUGCACACACAAUCCUAGUUUCCCUUUCUCCUCCCGCCCUGUUCACCACUAUUAGAUGGAAAGAGUAUUUAAUUUGUCAGACCUCACAGAAUCAUAGAUGAAUAUACACACACACACACACACACACACACACACACACACACACACACACACACACACACACACAGCUAACCAGCAGACAGAUCAUUUAGCAUGGGAGAUUCGUUUUCUGGUCUUGCUUGUAUAAAUAUAACGUGUAUACUUGGUGUAGACCUUUGCAUAUAUAUAUAAAUAUAUAUAUAAAACUUUGUAGUUUUUCUGUUUUUUGAUGUUGAAUCUGUAUCUAUAAUGUAUCCUAGUAGUGACCACAUACUUCUGACUGUAUAAUUGUACAUUUGUAAACCCUUGUAAUGUAAAAGUGCUUUACCACCCUUUUUUGGUAUGAGAAGAAAAAAGCUCACUGAAAAAAAUCUUAGAAAAAACCCCCUGUGCAUUUCAGUGUAUAUUCUCACCUCCUUGGUUGUGACAUAUGAGUUGUUGUAUAUUGUAAAUUGUAAUAUCAAAUUUUUGUUUUGAAAAGCCCUUUCUAUACAGCGUAGUACUUGUACAAAGAUUCGCCACGCUUGGUUUUAUCUUUAUCUUGUCACUGCUUAACUUAAGACGUCGACCUCCCACUGACUCCCAAUUGGACAUGUUCUGUUAGACUUAGUGGUGUCUUCUGGUUUAUGUUGAAGGUUUUUUUGUUUUGUUUUUGAGCUCCUUUUUUUAAUUUUAAGAUCUUUUUUAUAGGAAUGCGUUACCCCAUGAAAUGUGUCAUGGGUAUGCUGGCUGGGUGGGAGAAUUAACUUCUACUCAUUUACCCCCACCCCCAAACCCUUUAUUAUUCAUGACUGUUUUCAGAGAGGUAAACCCAUGGAUUGUACAGAGAAGAUUCUUGUGUUUUUUGGCAUUUCUCUAGUGCUGUAAGUGCUGUAUCAUACUGUCCAUGUCCUUUUGGGUGAGAGAGGCAGCCCGCCACAGUGCGGUGUACAUUUGAAGCAGCCUUGUGUAUAUUUACUACGAGCACACCUGUAACCAUAUGUGUAUAGUUAACAGAACCUGUGUAUGCUUAUUGCCUGGGCAACUAUUUUUUGUAACUCCUGUUGUAGAUUGUCUCUAAACAAUUGUGUGAUCUUUAUUUUGAAACCAAACUGAACAAAAAAACUUUGAAAAUGUAACCGUCUCUAGUGUGCGUCAUUGUAUGUUUUGAUAUGCUCCCAUAAGGCAAAGGAACGCAGCAGACGAAGCACUGUUUUCCUAUCUUAAGUGUCUAUUAUAAAAUAGAGGAUUAUGAUCUGUGCCAUAGUUUCUCUUCCAGCCAUCUGAAUGAAUGUUUCUGCAGUGAUGAGACGGCGUGAGUCAGACAGGCUGCCGUGGCGCUUGUGUUAGUUUCUGAAUUAAUACGGCUGGUAUCUUAGCACAGGAAAUAGAAAUGUAAUAGGACUAGACUAUUGCCAUGCGUUAUUACCUCAUGGUUUGUAAAAAGCGUUCAUCCGACUUAACUGCAGUGUGUCUAUUAAAAUGCACCGUAGCACUUGU